UCCCCAAGCACCACCUUGCAGACAGCUGUUUUGAGAAUGGCAAUGCCAAAGACAGAAAAGAAAUUCAUAUUAUAUUACUUUCCAACUUCAUAUUCUUCCCAAAAGGUCCUGCUUGCUUUCUUUGAGAAAGAAUUGUCCUUCACUCCCCGUCUUGUCAGUUUAUUUUCUGGACAACACAAUCAACCAUGGUAUGUCAAACUGAAUCCAGAGGGUGCACAUGUGCCUGUUCUCAGGGACGACACAUUGAACAUUACUUUCACAGACCCUGCCAACAUCAUGGAAUAUGUGGACAAAUCCUCAGAAAAUGGUGAGAGGUUAUUUCCUGAUGAGUCCUCAGAACUUGGUAGACAGGUUCGACAGCUGUGUAAGAGGCUGGAUAUGAUUGAAAUGGACGUCAUAACUUACGGCAUUAUCUAUCACCCACAUCUUUCUGAUGCGGGAUGUGGGAUAUCGGGGGCGGAGCAAAGGAGCAUGAGAGAAAAUUUUGCCAACAGACUGAGCUAUUUGACGGAGUUAGCAGCUGCCCACCCAGCACUCAGAGAUAGUUACCUGACAAAGAGCCAAAUAGCAGCACAAAAAUUUGACAUCAUCACAGAUGAAGCAAAGGUCAAAGGUCACUUAGAGGGCCUAAAGCGUACCAUGAAAGACAUCGAACAGCAGUUAAAUGAUUUGAAAGAGAAAAAUGGAGAUGUAGCAGAUGAAUUAUGGUUGUUUGGACCAAUGUUUACAGCCGCAGACAUCCAUCUUACAGUGCUUUUAUACCGCUUGACUUUGUUAGGCAUGGACAAACAUUAUUUUUCACAAAGCCAGUUCCCAAAUAUUGACAGUUAUUUCUCCCAAGUCAGGAAACGUCCAACCUAUGCAAGAUUGGAGAAAGAAAUCUCGACACUGAGACUGACAUUGUUGUGGGAAAACUUGAAAACCUGGUCUCCAUUCUUUGUGGGGGCAGCAGGCCUCGGGCUUGUUGCAGGAGGAGCUUAUUUUGUUUAUCAAAAGAAUAAAUGAUAAUGAUAUGGUCAAUUUUUAAAUGAACUUGAUAUUUUGAAGGUUAUUUUUUACAACAUGGCAUCUUCACAAGUCAAGGGUCAGUGCGAGGUAAUGAAUCAAUAACCCUUGACUUGUGAAGAUGACAACAUAGUAGAUGUGACACUAAGAAUGAUGUAGAUGUUUGGUUUUGUUCAAGAUGUUGUGUACUAUUGUACUUACCUGUAAUUUGAUUUACAAAUUUUGUUUUAGAGUUGUGUGCAUUUUACAUUUACUGAAAUGUUGACCAAAUUUUAAGGUCAUUUGGAUUUUAUCAGUGCAAUUAUUUUAUGAUUUUAAAGAUUUUGGUGCUUCCAUAGAAGAGGUUUUAUUUCACUUUCAUUUCACUUUUUGAUCUGAAAGUAGCUAGCAUUCUGUCAAUAACAGUCAGAUUUAAAUGGAGAUAAGAAACUAGAAACCAAGGAGAUGUUUUGUAUUAUAAUGGCUAUGUUUGUUUGAAGUACGAUUAUUUUGAAAAUAUGUGUAUAUUGAAUGCAUUAAUGCAAAACAAUUUCAAAGUAAUAUCCCUUUUAAACUAUAAAUACGAAUGCAAUGUACAUGCGCAGAUCUAGAGGGAGGGGGACCCUCCCUGGAAUUUGCAAAGAUAAAAAAAUUACAAUAUAACGAUUUAUAAGAAAAAUGAGUUAUAUCACGGGUUCGAUUUUGUGAAAAGGUUCGAACCACACCCCCACCCCCACAAAAAAUUUCUGGAUCUGUGCUUGAAUGUACAUGAUCUUAUCAUACCUGCUAUUCAAUACAGCUAGGACACAAUUUUUCCUGGGAAUUCAACCUUCCUCAAAUGUCCAUAUCGGACAGAAAAAAUACCAUAAAUUAAUGUAUCUGCUCCAUAGUUUCUAGAGCACUUCUGUUUGAUAUUUACCAUUUGAUGAUAGAUUUUACAUAUCAUGUGACUAAAUCCUGAUUGACCGUAUUUUAUGAAUGUGACAUAGUACAGCGUAUUAGGUGUUGAUAUGGUUCAGUACUCCUCGAUUUCUCCGCUGCAAAUUUAAAUAUUUCAGGGGACUGUUUUGACUACAAAGUACUCAACAAAAAUGCAAAGAAAACUUGGGAAGUAUAUGCAUGCUAUAAGAAAUAUACAAUUGUACAUAAAAGUUGUUUUUCGUUAAGAAGUUCCUAAACAACGGAUUUAAUGUCCCUUAAUCCCAGAAAUAUAUUAUUAAAAAGUAGAAGAUCAUGGUUAUUUUUAAUACAUAUUUUUAGUUAUUGAAAGCAAAUUGACCUAUUUAAGUCGCACAGUAUUAGGAUUCAUGCUUGUUGCUACACUGUUACAGUAUACGUUUUGAUUUUAUAGAAUGUCAUCCAUUUGUGUGGAUCAUCACAUUCUGUUUUUCUGAAUCUGUAUCACCUUUCUCUGAAAUUGAUAACAUCAUAAAUCGUAAGCCUUCUUUGGUGUUGAAAUAGACAGAUUGUGCCAAUGCACUGUCAUCUAAGCUUGUAAUCUUAGAUGUACAUGUAUAUACAGGGUGUAUAAUACAUUUACUAGUCAUUUGAUUUAACGAGCAAAAUCCCACCUCACUGACAGCUGUAUAUCAUCAGAUCAAAAGAGAAAUGAUGUAUCUUGUUCUCAUGAUCUGCGUCAAUUAACUCAACAUGAUUCAUGCUCUUUGGAUAGUGAUAAUAUGAACAUAUAUAUUAGUAUAUAUAUGUGUACAAUGGUAUUAAUUGAACUAUCUUGCUGGGUUUCAUAUAAAUCUUGUAGUUAAAACUUAUAUAAAUAAAUCAUAUCUGACAUAUUAGUUGGAUGCUAUGGUUACUAAGUAGUAGUGGUGAGGGAUACUUAUAAGGCAAGGGGGCUGGAGGCAAUUACUUGGACAAUCCUAACUUCAAAAGAAGAAAUUUUCAUGAUAUUUUUAGCAUAUCAAAGCCAUAGACUGUAUUAAAAAUCUUAACAAUGGCGUGAUGAGAAAAGCUUAUCUUGCAUGAAUACUUCCUUAGUUCUUUUUUGGAUUAUCAUAGUGUAAAGAUCCAAAAAUAAUCAAAUAUGCAAGCAUCCUCAUGCAAUGUAAACUCAAAUUUGUUCAGAACAUGACCCCAGGGGUCAGAUCAGGGGUUUAUAAUAUUUUUUUUAAAUUGAAAUAUUUUUUAAAGAACCACUAGCGUACAAGUGAUAGAGAUUUUAUUUUAAACCACAACCCCUGUGAUUACGAGAAGUUUUAGGAAUAUACAAGAAACUUCUUUUUAAAAUAUCUACUUCCAAGAACUACAAGGAUACAAUUUGUCGAAUAAAUUGCACGUAUCCUCCUGUAAGAUUAAAGCUCGUUCCAUGACCUGGAGCAAGAGUCGGGCCGCAAAAAGGGUUUAUUUAGAAUAAAUGGGACUGUCUUGAAAAAUAAGUAAUAUUUGGGCAAGGCAAGAAAAUGUCUGAACUGGGCCUAAAUAUUGCUUAUAUUUAAAGACAGUAUUAAUGUAUUUUGUUUAUCUUGUGACCUAAGUGUUUGCAAAAUAUCUUCCAAUCUAUGCAAUGCAUUUUAAGUAGUUCUAUAUGUAACCAUUUACUAAAUAUUAAAAUAUUAGGUAGAUUAUUCAUUUUUGUCAAGUUGAAAAAUAUAGGAAAGUGUUGAGAUGGAAUAUUGUGUUUACUUUAGAAUGCCCUUUGAAAGCACCAUUAAAUGAUUUGUAAAGUUUGUUAUUUAUCAAGUUAUUUUCCAUUUUAAUGGCUUUUUAUCAGUAAUUAUAGUAAUGUGUUCUGGUUUAUAGAAACAGUACGAUUUUCUUAUUUUGUAAUGGAGCGUUUUAAGCCCAUACCCUUUGAUGAAAAUUCUAUGGACAACUUUUUUAAUAUAAUUACUUAAUUAACAGAAUACAUUAUUCUGAUUGUCUACAAAUGUUUGAUUAGUGUGUAGCGGUUCCUUAAAGUACAAUCUCUGAUACUACACAUAUUAAUGAAUACCUGUAAUCUACACUACUUCCUACGUUACUUUAUAAUCUCCUGUGGGUUGAAUAUCCCAUAUAAGUAAAGGGAGGAAACUUUGGUCCAUUGAAUUUACAAAGUCUAAACCUACACCGAUUUUUAAAAAAAUACCAAUACACUGUAUUUUGUUCAUGUAUUUUGAAAAGUAAAGUGUAACAGCCUAGAAUGAUAUCACCUACAUGUAUUACUGUAUGUUAAUCAUUCACCAUUAUCAUCAGGCACAUACCAGCUCUACUAGUAUAUAUUUAUAUGUAAUGAUAAAUAUGUAAAAGAUCAAGAGUGUAUUACUAAAUCUAUUACAUAUUGGAUAUCAUGCUAUACACUGUUUUAUGUGGCAACAUUGUUAUUUAUUAUUGCACUCAAUAAGUAACACUGCAUUUCCAUUGACGUUGAUGUGUUUUUUAAACCCGUUUUAACUGAGUAGUAUUUAUUGAUGUAUAGCUACAUCUGUAGUAGGUGUAUCAAUUAUUUCAUAAGCCAUAUACUCUAUAUUUAAAGGAAUUAUAAUCUCAUUUAUACUGCUGACUGAAUGAGAAGUUUUUGGAGAAUGUGCAAGUCUUUUGCAUCAGUAGAGUAUUAUUUUUUAAAAUGUUGAUAUUGUUGGGUUUGUGUACACUUUUUGUUAGUUUGUGAUGUAUUGUAAUACUUCCUGUUAUCAGAGAAUAAAGUUGGAAAAUGUU